CAGAACACCUCGCAAUAGAACCGAAGAAAUUUGUUUACAUUCCAAGUGAAAGCGCACAGGAAAGAGCAAGAAAUAUAAUUUCUGAGAACAGAAUUCACUCGUCAGCUGCCCAUCAUGUUUGGAAUGUAACUGGAUCUAGCGGAGAGGAAUAUACUGUUCGCCUUUUUAGAGAUGGUACUCGUAGUCUGACUUGCACUUGUGCUGCAACUACGACAUGUACACACCUGUUGGCAGCCAUGUACUCCAUCGAUUGCGUAAUGACUCAGUCUAAAAAACCAAAUACUACUGCCAUGAGAAAAAAAAGCCAGAAAACGUCCAUACAAAAAGGGUGGUAAAAAAAAGCCUUGUGAGGUUGAUAAUGUCAAGAUAAAACGAGCUCGAAAAGAUGUAUGUUGUUUUUUUUUUGUAUUUUCUUAUUUUAUUCUUAUGUUUUUUUUUUAUAUUAGGAAAGUUUACCAUUUCUUCACCAAGAAUUGCUUGAUGAAGAAAUCUUGUGUACGGAGGAGCCUGAGAAUAAUUCAAUGGAAGAAUAAAACAUCAACGCAAGUUCUGAUAAAAAAAUGCCAUUGGUCUCGUCUCCAAAGUCUCCAAACACGCCUGUGUUUGUCCGGCGUGUAAAAACACGUAGUGAGAAGCCGAAAAAUCCGAUUAUCGACUCACCAGCGACGGUUGUUCCUUCCGGCAUCAACGCACCCUCUUCCUGUAAGGAGUCCAUCAUUGAAAUCUCAUCUAAACCAGAUAAGAUCACUACUGCUUCUGACAAGAAUGAAUGUGUUGUCAUCGAUGCCAAAUCAGAGGGACAAUCUUUGGCCGCAUCUCGACCAAGACGAUUAAAAAAAGCUAUAGACCCUCGAGAGAACAGAGCUAUCUGUAGCGCAGUUAUUAAGAACCUUAAGAAAACCAGCUGGUUGUGUGACGACCAUAUAGACUAUGCCUCUUUGUUACUUCGCAAGUUGAAUCCUUUAAUUGGUGGCUUGUUUAAUAUCGACCAAGGGGUAAAAAAAUACCCUAAAGCCGCUUGUGAAAAAUGGGUACAGCUACUUCACAAUGGGCGAGAACAAGGAGGGCACUGGGUUUGUGCAGCUUUUGGUUUUUCUUUCUUUCCUCCUGGUCAGGUGGUUAUUUACGAUAGUCUCUCUAGUAGUCCAAAUAGUUUUGUCGUUGGGUCAGUUGCUAGCCUUAUUCAGACGCAAGAAACAUUUUUCACAUUACAAUUGGCAACCGCUUCACAACAAAUAAAUCAUUAUGACUGUGGUGUUUAUGCCAUCGCUUUCGCCACUGCUCUUAUGUUUGACACUGACCCAUCUAAAAUUACUUUUGACUCACAAAAUAUGAGGCAACAUCUUAUAGAGUGUUUUACCCGGCAAAAUUUGACAUCAUUUCCUUCUUUAAACCUACUUUCUCCUUUCCAAGAAAAAUUACCGGCCCAGAUCGUUCAAGUUUACUGUUUGUGCCGUCGGCCACUAAGAUUCAGAUUGGGCCAAAUUCCAACAAAAGAAGAAAAACUGACACAGUGUGAAUUAUGCAAUGAUUGUUUUCAUGGUUCUUGUUUGCCUUCUGGCGAAAUAUUUAAAGUUAAGAAUUGGCGCUGUCAAAAAUGCGUGAAAAUUUGAAUAAGUUUACUUUUUUAUGGAUUCUUUUUUAUUAUGAACAAUUAUUUUUGUAUAUUUUCUCAAUUUCUUAUCGUUGUGUUGUGACCAUCAAA